AUGGCUGCACAGUACUGCGAACCCCUGCUAAAUCUUUUACGGUCUCCCACAGGUGGCACAAAGGAGAAGAAGGUCACCUGCAUGUUCAUCCCUGACGGUCAGGUGUCGCUGAAUGCAAAAAUUGACCGGCGUGGAUUCUGCGAGGGCGAAGACAUUUGUAUCAAUGCAAAGUUUGAGAACACUUGCUCACGCAUUGUGGUGCCCAAGGCCGCCAUCAUUGCCAAACAUACGUACCAGGCCAAUGGCCGCACCAAGGUCUUCCGUCAGAAGCUUUCUUCGGUGCGUGGAAACCAUAUUAUCUCAGGCAUGUGUGAUGCCUGGCAGGGAAAGACUAUCAAGGUGCCAAAGAUCAAACCAUCCAUGCUUGGCUGCAACAUCAUUCGUGUGGAGUAUGCACUAAUGAUUUAUGUCCACAUCCCAGGUAGUGAGAAGCUAAUUCUAGAGCUACCUCUGGUUAUUGGAACUGCUGGUCUUGGUAGCCGUAGCAACAGUGUUAGCAGCCAAGAGGGUUCAGUCAGCAAUGCGUCUCAGAGUUGGGUGUCCCUCAGGAUGCCCUCUGAGCCUCCAAGUUACUGUGACAUCACUAAGGACUGCCGUCUGGACCAGCCUCUUACCCCGCUGCUGGAUGAUGUUGACUGUGACGACAGUCCCAUCUUCAUGAGUGCACCCAGCUUCCAGUUCCCAUCACCUCCAACAUACACUGAGACAGAGGAGGAGUACAAUGGUAAUUCAGUCAUGCUUCCUGUCUGCUGAAGCUCAUCAGUGGGGAUCCUGGAGAUAUAUUCAAGCACUCACUGACUGUUCUUCAAAGGCACUAAGAGUUGAGUUGCCCACACCAUAUGAAAUGGGAUGGUGGGAUAUAAAGAUAAAGAGAAAGAUUUUGCUUAUCACCGUGCUUCAUCACCUAUAUUGAUCCAAAGUCUUCCUUCUGGUGCUUGUUGGGCAUAUGGCCUGAUGUCAUAGAUUCUGUGGCACAUUACAUUUCUGAGUAAGCUCUUCCUUCUUAAGACUGUGGGGCUCGAGCAUCAGAUGUGUCAGACCCCAGCCUGCUAUAACUUGUUUUCUUUUAAUUAUGAAUCUCUGUCAUUCCAAUCAAAUCUUGGAUUUUUAAGAGAAUUUAGAGGAAGGCUCACUAUUUUGUUAGUGUUGCAGUACUGUAAAGAAUUUGUUGGGAACAAAUUUUUAACAGGCAUAAAAGAACCAUAAACAGCAUUCUUUUUUCCAUGUAUGCCAGUGUUUUGAGCAUCCACUUAAGCCACAUUUUAUACCACAACUCUUGACUUAAUCUUGUUUGAUGCUUGUUGGUUUUUGAUGUAAAAGCAAAAUAUUUCCUGGGGAUAAAAAUCCACUUUGUUAAAAAUGUCUGUAUAUUUGACUCCCAUUUAACACUGCAAGUGCCAAAAUUCAUUCAAGUGGCAACUGGCCCAGAUUGUUUUCUUGUAAAAGCACCUUAUGUGGACACAAGCUUUGUAUGUAAUUUGCAGUUGUCUAAGAAGGCAUUUCACAGUAACGUCUACUUUGUUCUGAUUCUUUAAUUUUUGAACUUUCAGGGCCCAAAAUGAGUUUGUUGUGAAAUACUGUAUAUUUGCAAUGCUUUCUGAGUUAUUUUUGUAUGGAACCCUAUGGGUCAUUUUUUGAAUAAAGAAAUGUCUAAAAUGAGGCAUAAUUUCUGCUCUUCAA